UUCCUUAGAUUUCAUUGCCAGAAAGCUUUCUCUGAUAUCCAGCUUUAAUGACCCCUUUCUUAACUUUAUUACUCUACUCCUUGUUACACACUUAUUACAUAUAUUUUACUAGCAAUCACUUGUUGACUACAUUAGUAAAAUGAUAUUUUUUUUAAAGGGGAUGCUGAGCUUAAAUCGUUAGAGGCUUACAGACACUUUUAUUAAGAUGUUGAAGUAAAAAGAAAACGGUACAGAGUUUAAGCAUAGACGCUUCUGGUUAUCAGGGAAUAAGGUACAGAUUAUCAAGGGGUGUGAAGUUUGGUUUAGGAACAGGUGGCGUAAGGAAUACAUAAUCUGCAAUCUCCCCGAUUGAGGGUAAAAGGUUAAUGGGUCAAAGUACAGACAUUGAGAUAGGGGGGUCUGUUGUUCAUAUAAUGGCUAUGUUCAGGUGUGGAGUAUAACCAGUGGGUAGGAUGAUGAGGAUGGAUUUACCCUCAUUUGGUGGGAUUUAAUGUUCAGUGAGUUUAUGGUUCCAGUUCAUAUGGUCCAACGGAAAAAGUCUCUCUGUCCCUUUCUCGUAGUCGAUGCACGAUGUCGGACCGGCUCACACCUCCUGGUACUGUCGGUGGCUGGGGAUGUGUUCGAUGUAGAUGUCCCUGGACCAUCGGAUGGCGUCCGAGACCAUAAGGCGCCCCAUUGAGCCUUGCCUAGUGCUACACUAUUUCACCCUCUCAGGAGCUCGGCAACCUUUCCGCACAUGGAACUUACACCCCGCCCCCCAACUCAGCGUCUCUUGCUACCACAGCUACUGGUGGAGCAAACCAAAGAGAGGGGGGUUCCAGACGCAGUAUUAGCUCGGAGAAUCAAUUCCGAAGCAACGCUGGAUCGGAGCUUCACGCCGGGGAGGCUUUGGAGUUUGGGUGCAAGGAACGUGCCCCUUUUACCGCCACCAGCACUGGCCCGCUCCCUCCCUUGGAGCCCAGGGCUCUGCAGUAGCCUCCCCUCUCGGAGAGGUUCGUGCCACGCCCUCUCUCCGCGCCUGGCUAUGGAAGGCUCACUCGCUGUGCAGCGUGGGGGGGAGAUAAGAAAGGGUUUGUUUCCUGCUAUUUUAAAUCUGGCUAGCCAUGCUCAUAUCAACACCAAUGCCACCUGUGGUGAGAAGGGACCAGAGAUGUUCUGCAAACUUGUGGAACAUGUGCCGGGCCGACCUCUACGCAAUGCACAGUGCAGGGUGUGCGACCACAACAGUGCUAACCCCAAAGAACAGCACCCUAUCUCCAAUGCUAUAGAUGGUACGAAUAACUGGUGGCAAAGUCCCAGCAUUCAGAAUGGGAGGGAAUACCACUGGGUCACCAUCACCCUGGAUCUAAGACAGAUCUUUCAAGUUGCAUAUGUCAUAAUCAAAGCUGCUAAUGCUCCCCGACCUGGAAACUGGAUUUUGGAACGUUCAGUGGAUGGCACGGAGUUCAAACCAUGGCAGUAUUAUGCAAUUAGUGACACAGAGUGCUUAACUCGUUAUAAUGUAACACCAAGACUUGGGCCUCCUACUUACAAGAGAGAUGACGAAGUGAUCUGCACCUCUUAUUAUUCCAGGCUAGUUCCAUUAGAACAUGGAGAGAUUCACACUUCAUUGAUCAAUGGUAGACCUAGUGCUGAUGAUCCUUCGCAAACGCUAUUGGAAUUUACCUCUGCACGAUACAUCCGUCUUCGCCUGCAACGUAUUAGAACCCUUAAUGCUGACCUCAUGACUCUUAGCCACCAUGAUCCUAAAGACCUUGAUCCCAUUGUUACCAGAAGGUAUUACUAUUCAAUAAAGGAUAUCUCUGUUGGUGGCAUGUGUAUUUGCUAUGGCCAUGCUCGAAGCUGCCCACUGGAUGAAACCACAAAGAAACUGCAAUGCCAGUGUGAACAUAAUACAUGCGGAGAGAGCUGUAAUGAGUGUUGCCCUGGUUACCAUCAAAAUCAAUGGAGACCAGGAACUAUUUCUGCUGGCAACAAAUGUGAGAAGUGCAACUGUCAUAACAAGGCAGAAGAUUGUUAUUAUAACCAGGGUGUGGCAGAUCAGAAUAGGAGCAUAAAUAUUCAUGGACAGUUCAUAGGAGGUGGAGUCUGUAUAAACUGUACUCAACACACUACUGGAAUCAACUGUGAAAUCUGUGCUGAUGGAUACUAUCGGCCAUAUAAAAUUUCUCCCUAUGAAGAUAACCCUUGCCAUCCUUGUGACUGUGACCCAUUUGGGUCUCUGAGUUCUGACUGCAUUAAGGAUGAUGAUCAUUCUGAUCUUCAGCAUGGGACUCAGCCAGGUCAGUGUCAAUGCAAAGAAGGUUACACAGGAGAAAAAUGUGAUCGCUGUGCAUUUGGCUACAAGGGCUACCCAAGCUGUGUGCACUGUAACUGCAGCCUGGUUGGAAGCAUUAGCGAUGACCCUUGCACAGAACCUUGUCUUUGCAAGGAAAAUGUAGACGGCGAAAACUGUGACCGCUGCAAACCAGGAUUCUACAAUUUGCAAGAAAGGAAUCCUCAGGGCUGUACGGAGUGCUUCUGCUUUGGGGUUUCUGAUGUCUGUGACAGCCUUGCAUGGCCCAUCAGUCAGGUGUCAGAUAUGGCUGGGUGGCUGGUGACUGAUCUGUACACUGAAAAGAGGUUGGAGCCCCAACAAGGCCAGUUUGCUGGACCCCAUCAAAUAAGUGUCAACAACACGGCAGCUGUGAAAAUACUGAAAUCCACUUAUUACUGGUCAGCACCUGAGCCAUACUUAGGAAAUAAACUCACUGCCUUUGGUGGGUACUUGAAGUACACUGUGUCUUAUGAUAUUCCAAUGGAAAGUGUGGACAGUGAUAUGGUAUCUAAUGUGGAUGUUAUCAUUGCGGGCAAUGGACAGAUUUUGAGCACCAGAUCUGAGGGGCUGUCAUUGCAACCCUAUGAGGAGUACUCUAAUACAGUGAAGCUUGUGUCUGAGAACUUAAUAGACUUUAAUACAAAAAAGGCUAUAGAUCGGGACAGGCUGAUGACUGUUUUAGCAAAUGUGACUCAUCUUCUGAUCAGGGCCAAUUACAACGUUGCAAAAAGAGCCAUAUACAGGCUGGACUCUGUCACUCUGGAUACAGCAAACGCUAAUGCUAUCGAUCUGUCAUCAGCAGCAGAGGUGGAACAGUGUGAAUGUCCUCAAGGUUACACAGGGAUUUCCUGCGAGUCCUGUCUCUCUGGGUACUACCGUGUGGGUGGAAUACUCUUUGGAGGUAUUUGUCAACCCUGUGAAUGCAAUGGCCAUGCAUCUGAAUGUGAUAUUCAUGGUGUUUGCUUUGCUUGUCAACACAACACUACAGGACUUUCCUGUAAUCAGUGCUUGCCAGGGUUCUAUGGAACUCCAUCCCGAGGAAUGCCAGAGGACUGCCAGCCAUGUGCCUGCCCACUAAGAACUGAUACAAACAAUUUCAGUCCCACCUGCCACAUGGACAAUAGAGGUGAAGUUAUCUGUGACAAGUGUCUACCAGGCUAUGCAGGAUCACGGUGUGAAAGAUGUGCUAAUGGUUACUACGGAAAUCCACUGGUGCCUGGAGAGUCAUGUGUUCCUUGUGACUGCAAUGGCAAUAUAGAUCCAACAGAAGAUGGCCACUGUGAUGCACUCACAGGAGAGUGUCUGAAAUGCGUGAGAAACACUCAGGGCCAUCACUGUGAAAAGUGUGCUGAUGGGUACUAUGGGGAUGCCGUGAUUGCUAAAAGCUGUCAUGUCUGUGAGUGCCAUGUGAAUAGCUCCCUUUCAAACAUUUGCCAUCGUGAGACUGGCCGAUGUCACUGCAAACCAAAUGUGAUUGGACCAAGAUGUGAUACAUGCGUGAAUGGUUAUUAUGGCUUGAAUACUGGACUUGGCUGCCUUCCCUGCAAUUGCAGUCAAUAUGGCUCAGUCUCCGAGGAUUGUAAUGAUGAAGGACAGUGUCACUGUGUACCAGGAGUGGCUGGGGAGAAGUGUGAUCACUGUGCUCAUGGCUUUUAUGCAUUCCAGGAUGGUGGCUGUACACCUUGUGAUUGUGCUCAUACUCAGAACAACUGUAAUGAGGAUUCUGGUCAGUGCAUCUGUCCCCCUCACACGCAAGGACCAAAAUGUGAACUCUGCGAGGACAAUUACUGGGGUCUUGAUCCUAAACAUGGCUGUAUGGCCUGUGACUGCAGUGAUGUCGGUUCAACCAGUCUCCAGUGUGACUUACAGACAGGUCAAUGCCAAUGUAAAGAUGAAUUUGGAGGAGAAGAUUGUUCUAAGUGUGCCUUAGGCUAUAGGGACUAUCCAGAUUGUGUUUCCUGUGACUGUGACUUGAGUGGCACCAAAGCAGACAAAUGUGAUGAGAGUCAAGGAGUCUGUAGUUGUGAAGAAGAAACUGGCAUUUGUGCCUGCAAGGAAAAUGUAUUUGGGUUUCACUGCAGUGAAUGCAAGACUGGAACCUUUGCUCUCCGUGCUAGCAAUCCUUUAGGAUGCACUCCAUGUUUCUGUUUUGGGCUGUCAGAGUUUUGCUCAGAAUUAGAAGACCAUGUGAGAAUUCCGGUAACCUUAACUCCAGAUCAGUCCAUUCUGCAUGUGGUUUCUCAAAGUAACCUCACUGGAACAGUUGAGGGUGUGUUUUCUCAGUUUUCUGAUGUUUUACUGGAUGCCACAACUGUCAGAGAACACUUGAAAACUGAGCCAUUUUAUUGGAGGUUACCAGACCAGUUCCAGGGAGACCAGCUCAUGGCCUAUGGAGGAAAACUGAAGUAUAUUGUUGCCUUUUAUGCUUUGGAUGGCUUUGGCACGUCAAACUUUGAACCACAGAUUCUGAUAAAGGGGGGUCGCACCAGUAAAUUGGUCAUCUAUGUGGAUAUCUCUGCCCCACAAAAUGGAGUAAGAAGUGAGGAGGAAGUAGAAAUGAAGGAGCAUGUGUGGAAAUACUUUAACUCUGUGUCUGACCAAUCUGUCACACGUUCUGACUUCAUGUCAGUGCUUAGCAACGUUGAGUAUAUCCUUAUCAAGGCAUCAUAUGGCCAAGGAUUACAGCAAAGCAGAAUUGCAAAUAUCUCAAUGGAAAUUGCAGUGAAGGCUGAGGAGAUGCAUUUGGGCAGAGAAACAGCACAUCUCAUAGAGCAAUGUGAGUGUCCUACUGGCUACGCUGGACUCUCAUGUCAGAGCUGUGCGUCGGGGUACUACAGGGCGAAACAUGUAGAUCUGAAUGUAAAAGAGCCUCGCCAAAUGAUUGCACCUUGUGUGCCAUGUCAGUGCAACAACCACAGUGAGACCUGUAAUCUGGAAACAGGAAAGUGCCUGAACUGCAGAGAUAACACAGCUGGUGAGCACUGUAGUGUUUGUGCCCCAGGCUACUAUGGGAAAGUAAUUGGAUCUGUCAAUGACUGCUCUCUUUGUGCCUGUCCCAGAACCAACCUGACGAGCUUUAGUCCCACUUGUGUUCUGAAAGAUGGUCAUGAUUUCCACUGCGAUGCUUGUCUCACUGGAUAUGAAGGGCAAUACUGUGAAAGGUGUUCUCUAGGUUAUUAUGGUAAUCCUGAAAUGCCUGGUGGCAGCUGUCAACAAUGUCAAUGCAAUCCAAGUGGCUCGAGUCACAAUAAUUGUGAUCACAUAUCUGGACAAUGCCUUUGUAAGCAGGGUGUGACAGGACAACUGUGCGAUGCAUGUGAACCCAGACACAUCCUUGUGGAAAACGAAUGUGUUUCUUGCAAUGAUGACUGCACAGGUGUUUUAUUAAAUGACUUGGAUCACCUUGACAAAGCCAUAUUUUCGGUAAACUUCACUGGUGUUACCUUUGCACCAUAUGGGAUAUUGGCAGAUGUGGAGAAUGUAACAAAAUACCUGAAGGAGUCUUUAUUGUCUAGAGAGGAUCCAAUCUAUUCACUGGAGAUGGCAAAAGAAGGUCUUGUGAAUAUAUCAGGAGGCACAGAUCGACUGCACAAAGAGUUAACUAGAAUAUUGGAGAGAGGAUGGCAGCUCAACAAUGCAACUCAAAGAACCAUGAAUGAGAGUCGACAUUUGACUGUAUUUAUUGACACCAUGUAUACAACCAUCAAAGUACUUGCUGAAGUGGCCACAUCUUUAAAUGAGACUCUGGCUCUGAAUUUCCAGUUGUCAAACAGUACAUCUCAGAGUCUGCAGGAAGAUAUCUCCACCAUGCUGGAAGCAAUGCGCAGAAGACAUUUCAUGCAGCAGGAUCAAAAUGUCACCACUGUACUAAACACUGCAGAGAGGUUGCUGUUACGGGUUCAGAAAGAGUAUCUCAAACCCCAGCAGGAACUUGCAGAACUAAAAAAAGCUGCAAGCCAUCUCUUAACAAACCACAACAUCAGACUACAAGAAGCCCAGGACCUGGUGAAUGAGGCUUGUACUAACACCAAUGAAACCAACCGUCUGCUUUUUCUUAUCUACAGCAACCUGGCAGAGUUAAAUGAUAAAAAGCUAAACAUACAAGAAAACAAGGACCUUUCCAUCAUGCUAAUUAAAGAGGGGAAAGUGUUGAUGGAUGUUGCUGCUGCCCUUGCCACAGAUGUAAAGAACUCUACGUCAAAUCUAGAGAUCCAUCGAGAUGGACUGGACCUCUGGAAUGCCAAACUAAGGCAUCAUGUAGAUGACCUGGUCAUGCAGAUGUCCACGAGGGGAGCACUUGAUCUAGUCUACAGAGCAGAGGAUCAUGCAGCUGAAUGUCAAAAACUUGCAGAAGCGCUAGACAGUGGUCUCUCAAAUGUAAGAAAUGUAUCUCUGAAUGCAACAAAUGCUGUCCAUGCCCACUCCAGUAUUACAAAUCUGAUUGAAAGAACAGAAAAUCUGGCAGAUGAUGCUUCUAGAGUUAUAACUAACCCCUUGGACUCACCAGAGGAAUCUCUUGAUUCUCUUGGGAAAGAAGCUUUACAGCUUAGUUCUAAAUUUCUAAAUGAAACAAAAAAUCUGAAGAGGAAAAAUGAAGGCCUUGUGUCUAGAUUGAAUGGAUUGAAAAAAAAAGUGGAAAAGAUUCAGGAGAGUGCUCAUAAAAUUACUAACCAGCUUAAUGAUUCAUGGCUGGCACUGCGAGCAUUGCCUAAUGAUACCAAUGACACAUUUUUUGAAGCAAAAGAGCUGGCUGUGUCUGCUAACACAAGUGCUGUUGCUGGUUUAAACCACAUUGUGGAUUUCAAUCAAAAGCUGCUAAACACUUCUUCUGAAUUGUCCAGGGUUAAUGACACGUUGAGGAAAACCAAUGAACUUAUAAUGGACUCCUCAAAAGCUGCAGCCUCAGCUGAAAGACAAGUUAAAGAAGUGGAAGCACAAGCCAAUCUUUUAUUUGACAGGCUGAAACCUCUGAAAAUGUUGGAAGAGAACCUGAGCAGAAAUCUGUCUGAAAUUAAAGAGCUUAUCAGUCAAGCCCGCAAACAGGCAGCAUCUAUUAAAGUUGCAAUCUCAGCAGAUAGAGACUGUAUUCGUGCCUACUCACCGCAAAUUUCUUCUGCUAACUACAACAUCUUAACAUUAAAUGUGAAAACAACUGAACCUGACAACCUCCUCUUCUACCUGGGUAGCAGUGGCAAUAGUGACUUCAUGGCAGUAGAGAUGCGACGUGGUAAGGUGGCCUUCCUUUGGGAUGUGGGCUCAGGAGCAACAAGACUGGAAUAUCCAAAUUUUCAAAUUGACAACAACAAAUGGCACAGAAUACAUAUAACCAGGUUUGGGAAAACUGGUACAUUGAGCAUAGAGGACACGAGCUCUAAUCAGAAGUCCUUAAGUAAAACUGCAACUGCUCCUGGGACAGCUACUGUACUGGAUGUAAACAAAUCAACACUAAUAUUUGUUGGAGGACUUGGAGGGCAAAUCAAGAAAUCUCCUGCUGUUAAGGUGACUCAUUUUAAAGGAUGCAUGGGAGAGGCAUCCUUGAACGGAAAAUCUAUUGGUCUUUGGAACUACAUUAAAAGAGAGGGCGCAUGCAAUGGAUGCUUUGGAAGCCCACAGGAUGAAGAUACUUCUUUUCAUUUUGACGGCAGUGGAUAUUCAGUUGUGGAGAGGGCCCUCCGCUCCACUGUGACUCAGAUAAUCAUGUUUUUCAGCACCUUCUCACCUAAUGGGCUCCUGCUGUAUCUUGCUUCUAAUGGCACCAGAGAUUUCCUGUCCCUAGAGCUCGUGGAUGGCAAAGUUAGAUUAACUGUUGAUCUUGGUUCAGGACCUCUUACGCUUAAAACUGAAAAUCGUUACAAUAAUGGAACAUGGUACAAAAUCUCAUUCAGUCGUAACAAGAAGCAAGGAGUUUUGGCUGUCAUGGAUGCAUAUAAUCUUAAUUAUAAAGAAACCAAGCAAGGAGAAUCCCCUGGCGUAGCCUCAGACCUCAAUCGCUCAGAUAAGGACCCAAUUUACAUUGGUGGACUGCCAAGAUCUAGGGCUGUGAGGAAAGGGCUUAACAGCAGAACAUAUGUGGGAUGCAUUAAGAACCUAGAAAUAUCCCGCUCUACCUUUGACUUGCUAAAAAACUCAUAUGGUGUGAGAAAAGGGUGCAUACUGGAGCCUAUCCGUAGUGUUAGCAUCUUGAAUGAUGGCUACAUUGAGUUGCUACCUAAGUCCCUGUCUCCAGAAUCAGAACUGAUGGUAACUUUUGCUACUAAGAACAGUAGUGGCAUCAUCUUGGCUGGUCUCAGCAAAGGAAUGGAGAAGCGACGACGAAGACAAGCACAUUUGCCCUUCUUUUCCAUCAUGCUGAUUGAUGGUCAUCUUGCAGUGUAUAUUAAUGCAGGAGACAGAGCAAGUACUAGAAAAAUCAUCCUCCAGCCUGCAAAUGGAACAUACAGUGAUGGGCAAGAACAUUCUGUUAUCCUGAUCCGGAAUAAGAGGAUGAUAACAGUACAAGUGGAUGAAAGUAAUCCUGCAGAACUGAGACUUGGCUUGUCGGCAGAAAUGAGCCCCAUGAAUAUUUCCAACUUCUACGCUGGUGGGGUUCCAGCAGGAGAGGGCAUUUCUGGGUUCAAGAUGACAGAAUCUUUUUACGGCUGUAUUAGAAAUCUGAUCUUUAACAUGCAGCUUCUGGAUUUCACCACUGCGGUGAGGUACGAGCAUGUGGAUAUGGACAGCUGCUUGCUUUCAGAGAAGCCUAAAUCUGCCAUACAAGCAGAGGAUAUUGAGAUUCAACCAGAACUGCAGCCAUUGCCAAUUCCUCUGCGGCCUCUUACCGAAAUUAAGAGAGUAAAUACUACAAACUUAGUGCAUGCUGCCCCUGUCAGCAAAGGACAGUGUGCACAGGAUUCAAUACCAGAUCAUGUUCCCAGUGCCCACCAGUUUGGCCUUGCUAAAGGCAGCCACAUAGUACUGCCUUUUAAUCAGUCUACCGUCAGAAGGAAACUUUCUGUCCAGCUGAAUCUGAGAACCUAUGCCUCUAGUGGCCUGAUUUACUACCUGGCUCACCAGAACCAGAUUGAUUAUGCAGCCCUUCAGCUUCAUGGGGGACAACUCUAUUUCUUAUUUGAUCUUGGAAAAGGAAAAGCAGUAGCCUUUCACCCUGCUGCCAUCAGUGAUGGCAAAUGGCACACGGUAAAGACAGAGUAUGUUAAACGAAAAGGCAUAAUCACCGUCGAUGGACAGGAAUCUGCAGCAGUUAAUGCUCUGGGAGAUGGUAACACGUUGGAUGUGGAAGGGAAGCUCUAUCUGGGAGGGCUUCCUUUAGAUUAUACAGCUAGAAAUACUGGAAAUGUCACUCACAGUAUCCCUGCAUGCAUUGGCAGUGUGAUGAUUAACAACAAGCAACUUGACAAAGAGAGCCCUGUCUCCAUCCUUGCUGUGAAUAAAUGCUAUGCAACAGCACAGGAAGGCACUUUCUUUGAUGGAAGCGGGUUUGCUGCUCUAGUCAAAGAAGGUUAUAAAGUCCGAUCUGAUGUGAACGUUACGUUUGAGUUCCGCACCAUGGCUAUGAAUGGAGUUCUUCUUGGAAUCAGUAGUGCUAAAGUAGAUGCCAUUGGACUGGAGAUUGUGAAUGGCAAGGUUUUGUUCCAUGUCAACAAUGGAGCUGGCAGAAUAACAGCCACAUAUGAACCACAAGGUGCAAAUAGCUUAUGUGAUGGAAAGUGGCACAAGCUUCAAGCAAACAAAAGCAAGCAUCGCAUUGCUCUGAUGAUUGAUGGGAAUUUGGUUCAGGCUGAUAAUCCCCACAUCCAGUCAACAUCUGCAGAUACAAACAAUCCCAUUUAUGUUGGAGGCUUUCCAGCUGAUAUGAAGCAAAACUGUCUGACAAGCAAGAACUCGUUCCAUGGGUGUUUGAGAAACCUUAAGCUGAUUAAGGGCCAACUGGUAGAAUCCUAUGACUUCAGCAAAGCCUUUGACCUGCAUGGCGUGUUUCCUCAUUCGUGCCCUGGGUCUGAGCACUAAACUUCAGGGAAGGAUUUGGGGAUCGAGAUAGGUUUUUAAAUUUCUUAAUGAAGAGGUGAUUGAUUUUUUUUUAAAUGAGAACCCCAUGUCUCUCAGUUACUUUCCAACUCAGGACAAAUAUAUUUAGAAGUUCUAUGCUUACAUUUUUAACUAAAACCAUUUUGUACAACCAAUACCUCUACUAAAAUGUUAACAGCUAUUAAUUGGGUAUUUUUCUUUUUUGGAAACUUUGAUUAAUCAGUGUUUACAAGGCGUGUUCUGUUUGCUUGACAGUAUUUUGUUGUAUUGUAUAUUGGUCUUUUAUAAUAAAAAUAAAAUUGGACCAGACAAUGA